AACCUGGUUUUAUUUUUAUCGAGUGGAAGACAUAAAAUCAAGCCCCUCAAAUCCUCCAAAUUUUCCCUUUGUUUUCUCACACUGAGAGAAACAAUGGUUUCAGGCUCUCUCUCACUUAUCUCAUCUUCAUUUCCUUCAUACAUUGAUUCAUCUCCCAAUUCUGUUUCUUUUUGGCCUAUAACGUUUAAGCUCUUUAAACCCAAUCCCAGAUUCUCAAAAUCUCUCAAAUACCCAUCGUCGAAGCUUUCUUGUUGUUCUUCAACAGUCGAAGAUGGGUCGUCGUCGUCCACGACGGCGGAGCAGUUUUUUAACAACAAUUCGAUAGCGGAUUUCAUGAGGUUUAAGAGAGGGAGUCAAAACGGUAGUGGCGAGUUACAAACGGCUAUUGUUAGCUAUCGUAAGAGGUUCCCUUGGUCUAUUCUUUACCCUUUUCUUCGGGUUGAUUUGGUCUCAACGAUUCAUAUUGCCGAUACAGAGUACUUUGAGACUCUUCAGAAGGAACUUGCACCAUAUGAUUGUGUUCUGUAUGAGAUGGUUGCUAGUAGGGAGAGUUUGGAAAACCGAAGGAACCCUUCGGCAGCAAAACGACUCAAAAGUUCACGAUCACGAGGUUUCAACAUUCUGGGAUGCAUUCAACGGCAGAUGGCUCGGAUACUCAUGCUCAAUUUCCAAUUAGAUUGUCUCGAUUACCAGGCUGAUAAUUGGUACCACGCAGAUCUUGACUAUGAGACCUUCAAGUUACUUCAGCUAGAAAAAGGCGAAAGUUUCUUCACAUUUGCAAGGGAUAUGACCCUUAAGUCAACGAAAGCUUUAGUGCAGCCCGCUUCAAUCCCGGAUGACCUUGAUCCUUGGAGAUCCAAGCUUCUAUGGGCUUCUCGUGUGCUACCUAUGCCACUCGUUGGUUUUCUUAUUAUUAGCGGUGUUUGUGCUGAUGGAGGAAGCCAAGCAUCCAAUUAUCCCGAGCUAGAAGCUUUAUCAAGGCUUGAUUUUGGUGCCGCCAUGAAGGUUUUCCUGGCAAAACGACUAACCUCCGAGUUCACUCAAGUGACAGCCGAUGUGGAAGAGAAAUCGGUUAUCAUUGGCGAGAGGAACAGGGCUGCAACAGAAGCAUUGAGACGAGCGGUCAAUGAUGGUCAUAACAAGAUAGCAAUACUAUAUGGGGGUGGUCACAUGCCGGACUUAGGUAGGCGUUUAAGAGAGGAAUUCGACCUUGUUCCUUCCCGAGUACAUUGGAUAACAGCUUGGUCCAUUACGAAACAAGAUCUCCAGAGCAAUUCCCUUCCAUUUUUGAAGAUGAUGGCUGAAGUUUCCGGCUGGCCAUUGAACCGUUACCAGACAUUGGCAUUACUCAUCUUUUCCUCAGUCCUCGCAUUGGAUCUCUGGUUUUGGGAACUCUUUUGCAGCACCGCGGUUAAUUGGAUCUCUGAAAUAGCAUCGGAAGUUGCGCAAUAUGCAGAUAAAGCACAGGUGAUGUGAGCCUUAUUUGGAUAUAUUGUUUCGAUCGACAUUCAACACGGAUACAUAUAUAUAUUCGUACCGGUGUAAAUAUGAACACUUCGGGUUUCGAGUUUCGGAUAUAACUGAUGUUAGGGAAAAAAGAAAAAAUGUAAAAGUAGCAAGUUUAUUGAACUCAUUCAUAGUGGAAGAAUAAACUAAUUGAUCAAA